GUGGGGCCGGCGGCAGGAAGGGGGCUGGGGGGACAGUGGGUUCCAUCAGGCAGCGCUCGGGAGACCCUCGGGUGGAGAAUGAGGAUGGUCAGUGAGAGGUGGCCGGCGUGGGGGUCGAGGUGCGCUAUGUGAGGUCUGGGCCGAGGGGGUCCGUAUUCAAAAGAGGGGUACGGCCCCCAGCCGAGGCCGAUAAAGGCCCCUGGCCAAGCCCCAACCAGGAGCCGGCCACCUCUGGCCCGUCCCCUCGCCGGUUCUCCCCCUCCUGCGGCCCAGGGACCAUGGCCAAGAGCAGGGCCCAGGCCUCCGACGCCCGGAUCAUCCAGGUGACCAUCAAGACGCCCAAGGACCGCGAGGAGUUCGGGCUGCCGGACAGCUGCACGGUCCAGCAGCUGAAGGAGAAGAUCUCCAAGCGCUUUAAAGCCCACUCGGAGCAGCUGGUCCUCAUCUUCGCGGGAAAGAUCCUCCGGGGCCCGGACACGCUGCGCCAGUGCGGGAUCCGCGACGGCCUGACCGUCCACCUGGUCAUCAAGGCUCCCAAGCGUGGACCGGCCCGGCCGGCUCCGCCCCCCGCCCGAGAGCCCCCGGCCGGCCGCAGCCCGGCGGGCUCCCCGGAGGAAGCCUCCCCUCCGGCGCCCUCCGGCCCGCCGCUCGGCCUGGAGGUCUCGGCGAGCCCCAGCGGCCUCCAGGACUCUCGGGAACCCUUCCUGUGCCCGCAGGUGUCGAUGCCCGAGCUGGUGGCCCAGAUUUUGGACGACCCCUUCGUCCAGGGCCUCCUGGCCAACACGAGCGCGAUGCAGCAGCUGGUCCUGGACAACCCGCCCAUGCAGCAGCUGAUGGAGCACAACCCCGAGGUGGGUCACCUCCUCAACAGCCCGGAGAUGGUGCGCCAGACCCUCGACUGCCUGCGCCACCCGGCCGUGUUGCACGAGGUCAUACGGAGCCAGGACCGCGCCCUCAGCAACCUGGAGAGCCUGCCGGGCGGCUACAACGCCCUCCGGACCAUGUACACGGACAUCAUGGACCCCAUGCUCAACGCUGUGCAGGAGCAGUUCUGCCCGGGCCCCUUCGCCAGCCGCGCCCAGGGAGCCGGGGUCCUUUCGCCCCGGCCGGCCCGCACCGAGAACCGAGAACCGCUGCCCAACCCGUGGGCACCGCCCCCGCCGACCCCUCCCGCGCCGGGCCGGGCGGAGAGGGACCCGGACCUCUGCCCCGUGGAGGGACUGCUGGACCACCCGUCCCGCCGUCCUGCGGAGGUGCACAGUUCAGAAGGGGAAGGGCGAGGCGGGAUGCGGCCCCGGGUGGACCCCAGGAGCCUCAGGCCCCGGCUGGAUGGCGCCCCGCCGGACCUCCAGGGGCCACCGCCGGUAUCCAGCGACAGCCUGCCCAGUCUGCCCAGCGCCUUCUUCCCCGGGGGCUCCCACGGCCUGGGGUCACCGCGGGUGUCCGUCCCCGGCCCUCUGCAGGGCGGCUGGCCUCCGUCCGACCCGCUCCUGCUGCAGCUGCAGACGGCCCUGGCCAACCCAGCCGCCCUGCGGGCGCUGCACCAGAUCGAAGAGGGGCUGCGGACCCUGGCCGUCCAGGCCCCGCGUCUCCUGCUCUGGUGCACCCCCUCCCUGGGCGGGCCGGUCGGCUGGACGGACGGCGCCGGGGUCCCGCCGGUCCCCGGGCCGCAGCCGGCCGCCCCUCUGGCCGAGACCCCCUUCCGGACCCAGCUGGAGCAGCUCCGGGCCAUGGGUUUCCUCAACCCCGAGGCCAACUUAGCAGCGCUGCUGGCCGCCGCCGGGGACGUGGAUGUGGCCGUGGAGAACCUCAGGAGGUCCCAAUCGUCCUAGAGGCCAAGCCCCUCCGCCCCGAGUCCACCGUGACCCCAACCAAAUGAACCGGGCUGCACUUUGUA